AUGAUUCAGUUGGCACGAUAUUCGAAACAUCACAACGAGAGAUUCAGCUGGGUUCCAGUUGCUAAGAUCUUAGAUUCCAAGACAAGCUUCCCAUCAAAAUAUCUUUGUAAUGUGCUACUCAUAAGGUUGCUGAAAAUCCGUCGACAGCCCACGACCGGUUUCACCCUUCCACUUGGGGCUCAUCAGGUAGGCCCAGUCCCCGAGUUUCCGUCAACCUUAUGUUCUACUUGA